UUUCCGAUCUCCGGCGUUAGUUAUGACCCUCCUAACCGCGGACGCACUUGGGUUACUUCUCAAGAAUGCAAUCUCCACGAGUUCCGUGCGUUUGGGUCGCGUCGUUCACGCAAGAAUCGUCAAAACCCUCGAUUCACCACCUCCUCCGUUUCUCGCAAACUAUCUCAUCAACAUGUACUCAAAACUCGACCAUCCCGAAUCAGCCCGACUCGUUCUCCGACUCACUCCUGCUCGAAACGUCGUCUCUUGGACCUCACUUGUCUCAGGACUUGCUCAAAACGGUCAUUUCUCCACCGCUUUGUUUGAAUUCUUCGAAAUGCGACGAGAAGGUGUUGUUCCAAAUGACUUCACUUUCCCUUGUGUUUUUAAAGCUGUGGCUUCUCUGCGUUUACCUGUUACUGGGAAGCAGAUUCAUGCGCUUGCUGUGAAGUGUGGAAGAAUACUUGAUGUGUUUGUUGGGUGUAGUGCUUUUGAUAUGUAUUGUAAGACUAGGCUUAGGGAUGAUGCACGGAAGUUGUUCGAUGAAAUUCCUGAGAGGAACCUUGAAACUUGGAAUGCUUAUAUAUCUAACUCUGUGACUGAUGGAAGGCCUAAGGAAGCUAUUGAAGCGUUUAUUGAGUUUAGAAGGAUUGGUGGGCAACCGAAUUCGAUAACUUUUUGCGGUUUUCUUAAUGCUUGUUCGGAUGGGUUACUUUUGGAUUUAGGAAUGCAAAUGCAUGGGCUUGUGUUCCGAAGUGGGUUUGAUACAGAUGUUUCAGUGUACAAUGGGUUGAUCGAUUUCUAUGGAAAGUGUAAGCAGAUUCGUAGCAGUGAGAUUAUCUUCGCUGAAAUGAGAAUAAAAAAUGCUGUUUCUUGGUGUUCAUUGGUUGCUGCAUAUGUGCAGAAUCAUGAGGAUGAGAAGGCGUCUGUAUUAUAUCUACAUUCAAGGAAGGAAAUUGUUGAGACAUCUGAUUUUAUGAUCUCAAGUGUUCUGAGUGCGUGUGCUGGUAUGGCUGGUCUUGAGUUGGGAAGAUCGAUACAUGCUCAUGCUGUGAAGGCGUGUGUUGAGAGGACUAUUUUUGUUGGAAGUGCCCUUGUUGACAUGUAUGGAAAAUGCGGAUGCAUAGAGGAUUCAGAACAAGCGUUUGAUGAGAUGCCUGAAAAGAACUUAGUGACUCUGAAUUCAUUGAUCGGAGGUUAUGCUCAUCAGGGUCAGGUUGACAUGGCAUUGGCGUUAUUUGAAGAAAUGGCACCACAUGGAUGCGGUCCAGCUCCAAAUUAUAUGACGUUUGUGUCCUUGCUUUCCGCUUGUAGUAGAGCAGGGGCUGUGGAAAAUGGUAUGAAGAUUUUUGAUUCGAUGAAGAGUACUUAUGGCAUUGAGCCAGGGGCUGAGCAUUAUUCAUGCAUCGUGGACAUGCUAGGGCGAGCGGGAAUGGUGGAACAGGCUUAUGAAUUCAUUAAAAAAAUGCCAAUUCAACCGACAAUUUCGGUUUGGGGUGCUCUUCAGAAUGCUUGUAGGAUGCAUGGUAAGCCACAGCUGGGAUUACUAGCAGCUGAGAGCCUUUUCAAACUCGACCCUAAAGAUUCAGGCAACCACGUUCUGCUUUCCAAUACGUUUGCAGCGGCUGGGAGGUGGGCGGAAGCCAACACCGUAAGAGAGGAGAUGAAAGGCGUAGGGAUAAAGAAAGGAGCCGGGUACAGUUGGAUCACAGUGAAGAACCAAGUCCACGCCUUUCAAGCCAAGGACAGAUCCCACAGAAUGAACAAAGAGAUUCAGACAAUGCUGACCAAGCUAAGGAACAAAAUGGAGGCUGCAGGGUACAAGCCCGACCUGAAACUCUCGCUUUACGAUCUGGAAGAAGAAGAAAAAGAAGCAGAAGUCUCGCACCACAGCGAAAAACUAGCUCUAGCAUUUGGCUUGGUUGCUUUACCACUCAGUGUCCCAAUCAGAAUCACCAAGAACCUUAGAAUCUGCGGAGAUUGCCACAGCUUCUUCAAGUUUGUCUCAGGGAGUGUUAAAAGAGAGAUCAUUGUGAGAGACAAUAACCGGUUUCAUCGGUUUAAAGAUGGGAUAUGUUCUUGUAACGAUUAUUGGAAGAAGCUUCACCUUUGCUUCUCCUCCUCCGGUGGUCUCUCACCGGCGGUUCCUUCCUCCCCAAUCAUCGUAUCCAAUCACAACCGUACACUUCAUCAUCACACUCCAUCACUCUUCAUCAACAACUUCAAUUCCCUCUACGAUCACCUCUCUGUUUCCUCACCCCUCCACCGCCGCCACAGUUCUGAUAACCCCGCCGGAAUCUUCUCCACUAACCGCCGCGACGAAGAAGAAGACGAAACCUCCGCCGCCGUGUCGAAGCUUUUAAGCGGCGGAACGGCGAUUAUGAAGCACAUAGAGUCACCGGAUCCGUACAGAGAUUUCGGACGAUCGAUGAGAGAAAUGGUGGAAGCUAGAGAUUUAACGAGAGACGUCGUCGCCGAUAGAGAAUACUUACACGAAUUGUUAUUCUGUUAUCUCUCGUUGAAUCCGAAACACACUCACAAAUUCAUCGUCUCUGCUUUCGCCGAUACACUCCUCUGGAGCGUCCGGAAUUUGAAAUCUCCACCGUCCUCUCUCCGUGUAUUUCCGGUUUACACUGAUAUCAGAACUCCAGAGAUGAGAAAUCUUAAGAAAUCGUCGUAUCUAGUGGCUAAGGCUAUCGAACAGAGACGAGAUACAGCUGGAUCUGAAUCGGAGUCAGAAGCGACUCCGUCACCGGCGGAAGAGAGUGGAAGCGGAGGAGAUAAAGAAGUGGAGAUUAACGCAAUCGGAGCAGAGAUAAAAGCGGCGAUGGAGCAGAGGAAAGCAGCGGAGGAAGAGAAAGGAAAGAACGAGUUUCUUAGUGGAGUUGCGGAGGAAGUGAAAGAGAUUGAAUGGCCGGCGUUUCAGAAAGUUCUCGGAACUACCGGCGUCGUGCUCGGUGUUAUCGCUGGUUCAAGUGUUGUUUUGCUUACCGUCAAUUUCCUUUUGGCUGAACUUUCUGAUCGUGUGUUCAUCGGAAAAGGUGUUCAAGACUUCUUCAGUUGAUAAUGGUAAAAUUUGUGUGUACAAUUUUAGUGAUUGCAAUGAGAAAUUUGAAACAUUGUUGAUUUUGUGUAGAUGAUAAAGAGAAUUAUCAGAA